AUGAAAAGAAUAUUUUCAAGCAAAUGGAUUCUCAUCAUUCUUAUUGAUUUUAUCUACGUGACUAAGAAUAAGUCGAGCGGAUAUCAAUUUUUGGAUAAUUUUUUCAAAUACCUGAGCGUUGACAACGUAACCUUAGACGAUCGAUUUCAAUGCGAGAUAGACGUUGGCAACAAUGACUUGGGAAGUCCCCAACCACUUUUCAUUCGACCAGGAACUUCGAUGUUAAUAUAUCCAGCGAACCACACAGGAAUUCUUACAAUGAAGAAAAGUCAACAAAUCGAAGUUUUUUGCACAAAUGGCUUUUCACGUCCACACGAAGCAAAAGGAAAUUUGGUGUCAGUCAGCUGUGCAUAUGGGAAUAAGUUUUAUUCGAAUGGCAGAUUGUAUAAUUUGAAUGAAUUUUCAUGUCGAAAGUUUCCACAUCAUUCUGUUCAUCGAUCUUAUAAAGAAAAAUGUUUCAAUGGAGGGUUAUGGGUAGACAUUGGAUUUGUAGUUGAAAAGCGUCUCAUAAAGGUGAUGAAUGUUUGCCAUGACCCAGUCACUGAGCAGACCUACUACGUCAAAUAUCGUCUCACACCCGCAAACAUUGCUGCUCAACAAGGGUUGAAUCGACCCAAAUUCUUUCAGGAUGAUUUUUUUCCGGGCAAGGAAAUUAAUUUUCUCUACACUCGAAGUCGACAACGUGAAACAAUAUCGAAAAUACUUAAAUCAGAAGAAUUGGGACAUGAGCUUGUUCAAGAGAAGGGAAAUGCUUUUCUAUCCCGUGGUCAUUUAGCUGCAAGGGGAGAUUUUGUUUAUAUCAAUGAACAACGAAGCACAUUUCAUUAUAUAAACGUUGCACCUCAAGUAUUUAAAAAACUUUUUCUAUUAAAUUAUCGGAAAUUAAAGCAAGAACUUUCCAACCUGUUCGUAUUUAUUUUUCAAUGGCAAAGCUUCAAUGGAUUGAAUUGGCGAGCGAUUGAAGAUGGAAGCAGAAGAUUGGCUGCGAAUAGAAAGAAAACUUUUGACGUUUACACAGGCACACAUGGAGUUAUGAAACUCAACGAUACCGAUGGAAAUGAACAGGAAAUCUACCUCGAUCCUGAUAACCGGAAAAUUCCGGUACCGAAAAUUUUCUACAAGAUUCUUAUCGAUACUUCCGAAAAGUCAGGGGUGGCACUCAUUGGUGUGAAUAAUCCUCACAUAUCUAUUGAAGCGAUUCGUCGAGAUUAUAUCGUGUGCAACGACAUUUCCCAUCAAAUAAAAUAUAUCAAAUGGCGACCCGAAGACAUACGACGUGGCUAUUCUUACGCUUGUUCUGUUGAUGACUUUCUCAGGAAUGUUCCACAUUUAACGAACAUAACAGUUUCAAUGGAUCGAAGGCAAUUGUGGAUAUUGAUUAAUUUAGUUAAUGCUUGCUUGGGAAGUGUAGUUGCGUCUGAUUAUAUUAAUAACGAUGAUUCAGGUUGCACAAUAAAUAUUAAUGGAGAUUUGUCGGAUGUGCAACCGCUGAUAAUUAAACCAGGUGCAGCUGCCUUUAUCUAUCCUGAAGAUAGAAAUGGAAUUAUUUAUUUGGAUAAUGGUCAAGAAAUUGAAAUUUAUUGUUCAAACGGAUUCAAUUCGCCUGUAGGCAUUGCUAAUUUAGCGACUGCGAAAUGUGUUGAUGAAAAUUUGUUUGAAGUUCAAGGCGUUCCUUACAAUUUCAAAGAUUUUUCAUGUACACAAAUACCAACUCAUGUAGCACGUAAAACUGGGAAAAAAUGUUAUGAAAAUGCAGAAGAAGUUGAAAUAGGUUUUGAUGUUGGAAAUCGUUUUCUCAAAGUCUUUGAAGUUUGCCAUGACGAAAUCAGAGAAGCAAAUUAUUACGCGAAAUAUCGUCUCACACCAGCCAAUGAAGGAUAUCAGCGGUCAUACCCACGUCCCAGAUUCAUUACCGGAAGCUUUUUCGAUGGCAAAAAUGUUGACGCUUUGUAUUCAAGAGCAGUUCAAAGAGAAACAAUUGCUGGUUUAAUUGGCUCUUUUCAAUUGGCUGAAACUUACAUCGAGGCAACGAGUGAUAUUUUCAUGUCUCGCGGUCAUCUUGCUGCAAAGGUUGAUUUUAUUUAUGGAUCUCAGUGGCAAAGGUUUAAUGCUCUUAAUUGGGAAGCAAUCGAAGACGGUACAAGGAAGCUUGCUGCUGACAGAAACAUAACUUUAGAUGUUUAUACAGGAACUUAUGGUGUAAUGAAUUUAAGGGAUUCCGUUGGAAAUUUCCGAAACAUUCAUCUUUUUGUUAAUGGUGCAGACCGUAGAAUUCCUGUUCCUAUGUUAUUCUACAAGGUGCUUUUAAAUAGAAGCGACAACGAGGGAAUUGUCUUGAUUGGUGUUAAUAAUCCUCACUUGAUGUUUGAUGAAAUUAUGAGCGAUUAUGUCAUCUGCACUGACGUAUCGGAUAGCAUUAAUUACAUCAAUUGGCAAAAAACUGAUAUCAGUCGAGGAUAUUCGUACGCUUCCUUCGCGUCGUGUUCAAUUAAGGUGAAUGGAGACUUGGGCGAACCACAACCACUUCUCAUUCGUCCUGGAAUGUCAGAAUUCUUCUUUCCAUCGGGUAGAGACGGGAUCAUCACUAUGAAUGAAAACGAACAAAUCGAACUUUAUUGUUCCAGCGGAUUCGAUUCACCUUCAAAUGCAGGAAACACUGUUAUGGCGUCGUGCACGACAGGCAAUCAAUUUUUAUUCAAUGGAAUUCGUUAUAACUUUAUUCAAUUUUCAUGCAAAAGUUAUCCGGUUCAUGUUGCGAGGGAAUCGGGUGCUCGUUGUUACAACAACGGUUAUAUUGUUAAGCAUGGUUUCGAUGUUGGAAAUAGGUUUUUAAAUGUCUAUGAUUCGUGUCAUGACAAAGUCCGUGAGGAAAAUUAUUACUCAUACUACCAGCUUACACCUGCCAACGACGGAUAUCAAGCAGGCUUUCCACGCCCCAACUUUAUCACUGGAGGUUUCUUUGGGGGAAAAAAUGUUGACAGUCUUUAUACCAGAUACAAUCAAAGGAACACAAUUGCUGGAAUUCUUGGCUCUUAUGAUUUGGCUUUGCAAUACAUCGAAGAGACAAGCGACGUUUAUAUGUCUCGCGGACAUUUAGCUGCUAAAGCUGAUUUCAUUUUCGGAAAUCAGCAUCGUGCAACAUUUUACUUCACAAAUGUAGCACCGCAGUGGCAGAAAUUUAAUGCACUUAACUGGGUUGCUGUGGAAGACGGCUCAAGGAUUCUUGCUGCGGAUCGUAACAUCAAUUUGGAUGUUUAUACUGGGACAUUUGGAACAGCGACACUAAGAGAUAUUUAUGGCAACCCACAGCCUCUCUAUUUUUAUGUGAACGGUUCAACACGACAAAUUCCUGUGCCAAAACUAUUCUACAGAAUACUUAUCAACAAAGCUGACAACUCGGGGGUGGUCUUGAUUGGCGUCAACAAUCCACAUCUUACUCUCGAAGAAAUCAAAAAGGAUUAUAUUAUCUGCACGGAUGUUUCUAGCCAAAUCAACUACAUAAAUUGGCAGAAAGAUAAUAUUGAACGUGGUUAUAGCUACGCUUGCACUGUCAACGAUUUUGUAAAAGCCGUCCCACACGUAAGUGUCAGUGCCAGUAAACUGUUGGUUUAGAUUCGACUCUGAUCUUCAAGAGUUAAACGAGAUGCAGUAAAAGAUGAAAUAUGUAAGACUUAUGAUGGCAAUAAAUUUUACUGAAUUGUUCACUUUCAAUAGAAACGUCGUUUUAAUUUUCUCGUAAAUCUUAUGACGCUUUAAAACUUUUUAAUCUUUAAUGAAACAAAACAAAUAACCCAAC